AUGAAGUUGCCAUGUGCGCGUCACUUGGCCAAUCAUAUCCUUGUGCAAGAACUUGCUCUCUUGGCAACACUCUCGUCCACGGAUGCCGAUUCCUCUCUGUCUGGGUCUCUUAGUAGUGAUAUCCUCUACGAAGCGGCGCGCCGCAUCUCCCGCUCCUCGUGGGCGGUCGAGGAAAUGCUGAGCUACGGCCCGCAGAGGCUCCGCGUGGAUCCUAUAGCGCAGGUACUUCUUCUCCGACGGAUAGACACCAUGGCUCAGGAGGCUGCAAAGGAUGUGAAUGCCGAAACUCGUGUGACAGGGGAUCAAAGGGUACCAACACCCCUUCGGGCGCCUGCUUACGACGUCGCCUUGUACGGUCCCCACGCACCACUCCCCAACUUGCCGAACUAUCUGCAUGACGACGUGAGCUAUGAUGAGGCCUGCCACCAUGCGGCCCUUUUGCGAAAAUUACUGGAGCCGUACGGGUUUGUUGUGCAGCUGAGUGGGGCGACACGGCGUGGGGCUCCUGUUGGCAGGCUUGCCGAGUUUAGCCUCUCUCUGACACAGACCGCUAUACGUGAGAUCGAGGCACUGCAAGUCGCGGGGCCGGAAGCCGUGAAGGAUCCACCCAUUGAUACAAAACCCCUCAGUAAUGGUUAUGAGCAGCGAGUUAAGCACGACUCCUUUGCAUUUCCGUCUGCAAUUCUCCAGAGGAUCGCAGGGGCUCAUGGGGAUGGUGAUGAUAGCCUUCUUUUGGAUCCUGUCGCCAAGGAGCUGCUUCGUCAGCUUCCCUUUCAGUGGUGCUCACGGAGUGAGGCGGUAUCCCAUACGGAUUUUGUACCUUACGCGGUGAAAUUCCGCUAUACCCGUGCCCUGGAGGGGUUGUUUCGUAGCGGCUACAUCGCCGCUGGUCGCAUUCCCAAGGGCGAUCAGUGGCACGAGAAGCGCCAGUCCACAAAGAUUUUCACGCUACGUUACGACCCCCAUAAUCCGAUGGGGCCUCCUCCCUUUCAUAUUCGAGAUUCUGCGGUGCGUGCUCGCAUGAAGCUGCACCAAGCAAAGCUGGACUUCAUGCCAUGGCAUGCGUUACAUGUGCGGAGGUUCUUUCGAACUGGCCCUGCAGCGUUUACCGCUUACGUCGCGCUUCGUGCCCUACAAAGAGGCCUGGAGUUGAAUCUGAACGGCAUCUUCCUAUGCUGCGCUUCUCGUGAUAAAAAGUUGGACAACAAUCGGAACGAUCCUAAUGCUUCCGAUGCGACUGCUCACUCGAGCAGUACCUUUAGCAUGGAUAGGAAACGGUUGCUCGUUCAAAGUGAAAAGGACAUUUUCCAGUUGGUAGGUUUACCCUAUACGGACCCAUUUGCAAGGGGUAUAUUUUGUCAGAAGAACAACAUUACACUUUCAGAUGGUGGCUAG